AUGUUUUCUAUAUUCUAUUUUAUCGUUUUUUUUCUGCUCUUUUUUGUCCCUUUCUUUCUUUCUUUCUUUCUUUCUUUCUUCCAUUUUCAUGUUCUUUCAUUUAAUUCGAUUCUUUCUUCAUACAUAUUAUUUCCUUUUGCUCCAAUCGGUCUUUCUUCCUUUCUUUCUUUCUUCCUUUCUUUCUUUCUUUCUUUCUUCCUUUUUCUUUCUUUCUUUUUUUCUUUCUUUCUGUCUUUCUUUCUUUUUUUUCUUUAUUUCUAUACACCGUUUCUUUUUCUUUUGCACAUUUUUUUCUUUUGCUAUCCUUUGUUUGUCGUCUGUUCUUUCCUAUUUCUUCCCAUGCUGUAUACUUAUUUCUGUCUAUGUCCUGUUUUUAUUUGCUUUCUUUCUUUCUUUCCUUCUUUCUUUCUUUCCUUCUUUCUUUCUUUCCUUCUUUCUUUCUUUCUUUCUUUCUUUCCUUCUUUCUUUCUUUUUUCCUUCUUUCUUUCUUUCCUUCUUUCUUUCCUUCCUUCUUUCUUUCUUUCCUUCUUUCUCAUCCAUUUAUAUUGCAUUUCUUCACAGUCAUUUUUAACAACUUCCUCCAUUUUUCCCCUCUCUCUCUCUCUCUCUCUCUCUCUUUCUCCUUCUUUAAUUACUUCUUUCUUUAUUCCUUUUUUCAUUUCUUUUGCUGCUGGCUAUAAAUAUCUAACGCCUUUCCCGCCUUUCCCGCCUUCCCCGCCUUUGUGCUUUGUUUAA